UACACUAAUCUCAUAUCGGAAUCACCGCUAUCGUCUCCCCACCUGCUCGGCUGCUUCUCACUCUUCGCCCUCACGAGCUCCUCCCCGUCGGCCGUUCCUUACCGUCGCCGGCUCCUGCCUGUUGCCAUCUCUAACCUUCGCCGGCCGGCUCUGUCCUACUCCCCUUCCUGCCCAUCUCUGCCCUUCGCCGCCUCCUACCCGUCGCUGCCUCCUGACCAUCGCCGACUGCUGCCCCUCCACGCCUCCUGUCCCAAUCACAGACCUCCGGUACCGAUUGGAUCUAGUGCUGCCCAUUUCACUCUUUUGCAUUGUCGUUGGUCUCAUGCACGUAUAUAUGAUGAUGAUGAUAUCAGGUUGAAUUGCUGAAGUAUCCUCAGGAGUUUUUGUUUUGGACUCCCCUUGGUUUCUCCUUCUCAUCCAACAUUUGGGAUGAACAGUCGAAGAAAUGGACCAGGAAGGAAGUGGCAAGAUGAUGAACUUGUAAGCAGUUGAAAACAGGGUUGUUAACAGAAAGCUGAAUAGAGAAGUCCAUACUGGUCAUUGUUAGGGACCACUUUGCCUGUUACCACUUGCCUGCUUUGGUAAUGAAUCUGGUAUUUAGCAAUGAAGUUAUGAAUACACGGGUAUUUGGGUUCUCAAAAUGCGGAGCCUUCACACUGCAGAAACCUUUUGUUUUUCCUUUAUUUAGAGCAAAGGAAAUCCAUGCCUCAAGCUCAAAGUGUGGAACCUCAUCCUCAAAGUGCUUCCACAAGAAUGAAAGUAUGAAAUCAUCGCUUGUUCCUGGUGCAGUUAAAGAGACAAUGGUGAAGAAGAUUGGGAAACGGGAACAUCAUGUUUGGAAGAAAAGAGAUUCAGCUGGAUCUGGUCAAAAGGCACUAAAUCUCCUAAGAAUAAUUUCUGAUCUUCCUAAUGAGAAAGAGGCCGUUUAUGGAGCACUUGACAAAUGGAUAGCUUGGGAAACAGAGUUUCCACUGAUUGCUGCUGCCAAGGCACUGAAGAUCUUAAGGAAGAGAAGUCAAUGGAGAUGUGUAAUUCAAGUAGCAAAAUGGAUGUUGAGCAAAGGCCAGGGAGCUACAAUGGGGACAUAUGACACUCUCCUAUUGGCGUUUGAUAUGGACCAGAGAGUAGAUGAGGCCGAGUCCCUUUGGAACAUGAUCGUGCACGCACAUACUCGUUCCAUCUCGAAGCGGUUAUUCUCUAGGAUGAUCUCUCUAUACGACCAUCAUGACAUGCCUGAUAAGAUCAUAGAGGUCUUUGCGGACAUGGAGGAGUUGAGCGUGAGGCCUGACGAAGACACUGUGAGGAGAGUGGCCCGUGCUUUCCGAAAGCUUGGAGAGGAGGAAAAGCAAAAGAUAGUCUUGAAGAGGUACUUAUCUAAAUACAAGUAUGCUCAUUUUAAGGGUGAGAGGGUUCGGGUUAAGAGGUUCAGUUGGGACAAAGAAUAAUAUAAAAUUGGCCACGUGUGCAGUGGCACAUAUUACUUGCCCAAAGUGGCAGAGUCCGAAAAAUUUCGGUGGAGGAAUUGCAGUUGAAGCGUGACUUUCAAAAACCUGUACUCCUUGGUGGUAAUUAGCAGGGCACAUGAACAAGUACAUGUGCUUAGGAUAUUAUUAGGUCUAGGUAGUAAGUACAAAUGGGUAUUGUCAUGAUUAAUCUAAGGUGCUCUUUCCAUAUGAUAAAUGAGGACUGUAUUUGUAUAUAACACUUCGGCUACAGAUUAGGAAGCUCAAAUAUUAUCUCGAUUACCGAUUGAACUGACUGAAGCUUGUGAAAUAAAUUACAGUUCUAUCUCUGAACAAGUGAAAA